CUGAUUGGUUGAGGCUGACUUAUCUGUUACAUGGUAUUAGUAUACCGAGCGCAUGCGCUGUGUACAGUGAGGCUGCUCCCUGUCCGGGUGUGCGGGUGACCGCUGUCAGCCAUCGCUCCGGAGGGUGACAGUGACAGAUAAACAAGGCGCUCCUGCCCCUCCGCCGACAUCUCCUCUCCCUGCUCAGCCAAUGGGAAGCAGCGUUACAUGCGGGGUCCCUCCUCCUCCUCUUUCCUGAGCACAGUCACAUAUAGAGAGGAACAUGCUGCAGCUUGGAAGGGUCCUGAGACCGUCCUGGGCAGGGCUGCGUUGGCAUCACUGUGCGGCAGCCGAAGUGAAGAAUGAACCAAUCCUCGAGUUUAAACAUGGCAGCCCCGAGAGAGCGGCUCUGCAGAAAGCCCUCCAAGAUCUUAAGGGUAAAACAGAAGAAAUCCCGUGUGUGGUGGGGGGAGAAGAGGUGUGGACCAAGGAUGUCCGAUAUCAGCUCUCGCCUUUCAACCAUUCACACAAAGUCGCCAAAUACUGCUACGCGGACAAGGAUCUUCUCAAUAGAGCCAUCAAUGCUGCCUUGUCUGCACGCAAGGAAUGGGACCUGAAACCGGUGGAAGAUCGAGCACAGAUCUUUUUUAAGGCUGCAGAUCAUAGUGGUCCCAGAAGAGCGGAGGUUCUGGCGAAGACCAUGGUCGGACAGGGUAAGACGGUCAUCCAGGCCGAAAUCGACGCUGCUCCCGAACUCAUCGACUUUUUCCGGUUCAAUGCCAAGUUCGCCCUGCAGCUGCAACACGAACAACCGAUCAGCGUGCCCAUCAGCACCAACACCAUGGUGUACAGGGGCCUGGAGGUAAAUGGGUUUAUUGCCGCAGUCUCUCCGUUUAAUUUCACCGCUAUUGGCGGGAACUUAGCUGGUGCUCCGGCCUUGAUGGGUAACGUGCUCCUGUGGAAGCCCAGCGAUACGGCCAUGCUGUCCAAUUACGCCGUGUAUAAGAUCCUUUUAGAAGCCGGCCUUCCCCCUAACAUUAUACAGUUUGUGCCUGCCGAUGGCCCCGUGUUUGGCGACGCAGUCACCAGUUCGGAGCACCUGAGCGGAAUUAACUUCACCGGGAGUGUGCCAACCUUCAGGCGCCUCUGGAAACAAGUCUCCGAGAACCUGGAGCGUUAUCGGACAUUCCCGCGCUUAGCAGGAGAAUGCGGAGGAAAAAACUUCCAUUUCGUACACAAGUCUGCUGAUGUCGAAAGCGCGGUGAAUGGCGUGAUCCGCUCGGCCUUCGAGUACAGCGGUCAGAAGUGCUCGGCCUGUUCCCGUCUCUACGUCCCCGACUCUCUGUGGCCCCAGAUCAAAGCUCGACUGCUGGAGGAACACGGCAAGAUCAAAGUGGGAAAUCCUGCAGACGACUUCAGCACCUUCAUGUCCGCCGUUAUUGAUGAAAAGUCAUUCAGACGGAUCCAGGGCUGGAUAAAACACGCUCAGGGAUCUCCCAAUCUUACCAUCUUGGCAGGAGGAAAAUGCGACGACAGCGUUGGUUAUUUUGUGGAGCCCACAAUUAUCGAGAGCAAAGAUCCCAAAGAGAAAAUAAUGUCAGAGGAAAUCUUUGGACCCGUGCUAACUGUUUAUGUCUAUGCAGAGAAUAAGUACAAAGAGGUUCUGCAGCUGAUAGACUCCACUUCCCCAUAUGGCCUCACGGGGGCGGUGUUUGCACAGGAUAAGAACGUUGUGCAGGAGGUGACUGCAGCCCUGAGGAACGCUGCUGGAAACUUUUACAUCAAUGAUAAGUCCACGGGGGCAGUGGUGGCGCAGCAGCCCUUUGGAGGAUCCCGUGCGUCAGGAACAAAUGACAAGCCUGGGGGUCCGCACUACAUUCUGCGCUGGACGUCACCACAGGUCAUCAAGGAAACCCAUGUUCCAUUAAAUGAGUGGCAGUACCCCUACAUGCAAUGAGACUGGCGACCGUACAUGCGGUGUGCUUAGCAGGCAUGGUUUUUCCUCUCCUGUUGAUCCUGGAGACUACUGAACAGUAUUUUAACUGGAAAUUUUUAUUUUUUAAAAAGUUUAGCAAAUUAUUUUAACUAAAAUCUACUUUUAUCUGAAACGCCUACACCUUUCCCUGCUGCGGUGGAAACUCUUUUGUUCUUGGAUGUGGACACCUUGAAAUCAGAGAAAAGUCACAGUGGAAAUCCCAAUUGAGACAAUCUAAUUAAGCGUCCGGAGGAACCUGCGGGUCUAGUAAAUCUGGGCAGGUUAUCUAUGGGCGAGAGCGCUAUAAUACCGUGGGUAUUUAUUUCACUGGCGCUGGAGGCGCUGAGUUGUGAAUGUUACAGGGAUUCCCUUUGUUACAUAAUUGGAUCUAAUGUUACUUUUCCGCCAGACUAGAUUGUAAUGAUCUGUCUGCAAGCGAUGAGAUUACCAGGAUUUGUGUGGCUUACGGUGGUUUUUCGUAUAAUCUUAGAGGGUAGUCGUCUACUCUUAUGUCAGCGGAGUCUGGUGAUGCUCCUGCAGAUGGCCGUCCUGCCUUUUUGUUCUCAGGUCAGUCUCUAGUUCUCCUGACGGUUCUUACACGGUGGUAUCAUGGUAUAAUGUGAAUAUUGUCAAAUGUAUUAAAAAACACAACAGAAUUAGUUCCAGCAAAGAGUCCAUUAGUCUGGCACUGGAUGGUUUGGAGUUCCCAAUAUAUAAUCCCAUUAUGGACUAACAAGGGGUUCCUUCAUGUGGGAGCAUCAACUUCAUGGGCUCCAAAGCACAAGCACUCAUGUCAGAUUGUAUACAGGACCGUGUCCAUGGCACGCAUGUACAUGGCAUGUCAUAUGCAUGCUCCAUUGCUCAUAGGAGUCAUUGGGGGGGAUUUAUUAAACAGUCUUCACCAGUUUGUGGUGUUAAAAAGUCGUAAGUUGUGGCACAUCACAGUAAUUUGCAGGGUAUUUUUUUCCUCUCCACUUUUCAAUGGUGGCCAGGUCUUAAUACAUUUGAUGUAUUUUACUCCAAUGAUGUAUAGAUUAAAAUAUGAAGCCCUAGUCUUAAUCUCCCCUAUUGUCAGCACGUUCCUGCACCCUUCACAUGUCUUCGUUUUAGCUUUGUAGUCCCUGGUUAUGAGGACCACAUGAUCGUGAAUGUCCCAUCAACCUGUCCCCAAAGUAUAUAGAGAACUAUCGGCAUCUUUCUGCCCUCGUUUUAGUUUUUAAAAUAUUUUUUUUAAUCCAUUAACCUACGAAGUGGUACCCGUACUUCCUGAGAGUUACUGGAAAAUAUGGAGUGGGCUCACAAGCUGAGCUUGCUCCAUACGCAGCGGGUGAUGGCUGUAUAAUACAGCCAGUAAGGACCCCUCAGAUGCCGCUGUCACUAGUGAUUAUGGCAUCUGUGGGGUUAAACAGACGGAGGGGGCUCCCUCUGCCUUUCGAUUUGAACCCCUGGGGCGAAAUCACUGGGUUCUGAUUGGUUGCUCUGAAAGCCAGGGGCCUUGUGAUGGAUAGACAGUGAAAAUCCCAUAGACUGCAAUAAGAUUCUACUGCAGUCUAUAAGACAAGUGAUCAGAAGAUCGCAUGUUCAAGUCCCCUAAAAGACUAAAAAUUACAGUAAAAAAAAAACAAUAUAAAAAACUAAAUUAGAAUAGGUAUCGCCUUGUCCAACAAUGUCUUAACUAUUAAAAGAUAACAAAUAUUUACCUGCGCAGUGAAUGGUGUAACAGGAGGAAAAAAAUGUUGCCCUCUCCCCAAACAAAAAUGGAAUAGUAAGUGUUAAAAAAUUGUACCAAUAAAAACUAUAGCUCACCCCACUAAAAUGAGCCCUCACGCAGCAUUGCAGAUGGAAAAAUCAAAAAGUUAUGACACAAUGUCAGAAUUUGGCGAUGCAGAGAAAUGUUUUUUUUCUUAAAUAGUAAAACAUAAUACAAACUAAAUAAGUUUGGUAUCGCUGUAAUCGUACUGACCAGAGAAUAAGAUCGUCGUGUCAUUUUUCGGCUAUGGUAAACUUAAAUGAUGCCACUAAAAAUAAAAACUAUUACUGCAAAAAAUAAAAUAAAAAUGAAAAUGUUUGGGCCUUGGAAGGUGGAGACGAAAAAUGAAAACGCAAAAUAUCGACUCUGUUCUUAAAGUUACUCUAAUUGUACAGCUUGUCCUGACGCAGAAGCGAAUCCGUCUAUACAAUGGAGAGCGGCGAGGAAAACCUGCUGUGACGAAUAAAGGCAUUGUAGUAAUUAUU